UGAAGGGCGAGAUUUUGUGAUACCGCAUUUGCCCUUCGAACGACAACAAGCGUGUGUUGCUGGUUGAGCUGAUAAUGAGUGAUGCCGUGGUAGGCUAGACGUCGAGAAGGAAGGGAUGGUAUCAUGUAUGUAGGCUGUGGGAUGCGCUAGGAAGCAGUCGGAUAGUCGGCUGCGAUUCCCGACGCGCCAUGGCGCCCAAACUUGCAGCGUCACCGGCAUCAAGAUGGAUGCAGACAUGAGAUCAUCGACUGCCGUUGCGACAAGAACCUGGCGACCAGCUCCUUCCCACUGCAUAUACAUCCCACGCAGGUCCUGCAUCAACACCAUGGAUUCUCUUCUUGCAGCAUUCCGUUGGAGGUCCUUCUUCGAUCCUCCUCCUCUACUCCCACCUCGAAUCCUCCUUUGACGGCCUGUCCACAGCGUUAUCUAUCUUUACCUCACAUUCCCAUUUACAGAUCAUGAAGACAUUAUUCGGGGCAGCGGUGACGCUGUUCGCCGUCCGCCUUGCCCUUGGGCAAUCAUCUUCGAUUUGCGGCCCAUCUCCGUCUGGCUCGAUAAACCCUUCCCUCGCCUCUGGCUACCGUAUGCAAGUGGUUGCGACCGGCUUGUCUAAACCACGCGGGAUUCUCCUGGACAAGGCUGGUAAUCUGAUGGUUGUCGAGCAAGGAAGAGGAGUCAUCUCGGCACAUACCCUGAAUGAGGACAGUGCAGGCUGUGUUUCGCUGGGAACUUCGAGCGAUAUCACGUCGCCCCUAGGCCUGAACCAUGGCAUAGAGCUAUCCGGGGAUGGGAAAACACUCUACGCUUCAUCUUCGGACCAGGUCUUUGCCUGGCAAUAUUCUCAGUCGUCGAGGACCGUAUCGAAUCGCACCGUCCUCGUCACAAACAUGGCUGGCAGUGACCAUACCACACGCACCUUGCUGCUCUCCAAGAAAGCCCCUGGUUUACUUGUGGUGACCAGAGGCAGCACCUCCAACAUUGAUUUUGCAGCUGCGAGUCUGAGCUCCGGCCACUCUCAAAUCAAGGCAUUCAACUUGACCAAUCAAACAGGCACUCCCUACAAUUUUGACACAUCAGGGCUACGAUUGGGCUGGGGGUUGAGGAACGAUGUCGGCAUUGCAGAGCAUCCUGUUUCUGGGGGAGUGUUUUCCGUCGAGAACUCUGCCGACCAAAUCACUCGAAUGGGCGUCGACGUUCACCAAGACAACCCUGCCGAAGAGAUGAACUUUCUGGGAUAUCUAAACGGCACCCAGUAUGCUCCUCAAGGUGGCAAUUUUGGUUAUCCUUGGUGCUUCUCGGCAUGGGGGGUCCAGGACUUGCCAGACAACGACAACUUGACGGUGGGCAGUCAGUUUGCCAUAGACGCCAGUCCUGACUCCAACAAUGAGAAUCGGACCGAUGUAUAUUGUGCGGAACAAUUACCUGCUCGCCUGGUCUUCCAGGCUCACAUGGCUCCACUAGAUAUCAAGUUCAACAACAGUGGCACAGAGGCUUGGAUCACUUUCCACGGAAGUUGGGACAGAGACACUCCCACUGGAUACAAGUUGAGCGUCGUGGCGUUCCACGGUGAUGGCCAGCCUGUCGACGACCUCCAGAGUACCACGGCUGCGCGAGACAUCUUCGCCAACGCAGAUAACUCGAGGUGUCCAAAUGACUGUUUCCGACCGGUUGGCAUGGCUAUCGAUGCUCGCGGUCGAAUCUUUGUGUCCUCGGAUGCCUCUGGCGAGAUCUACCUCAUUUCCAAAGUGUCAGGGGGCAAUGCUACGUCCUCGAGUACAUCAGGGUCGCCUUCUUCGACGUCGACUUCAUCGGCCGCAGUGUCCAACCAGCCCUCGGUCCUAAUGUAUGUUGGGGUGGUUUUGUGUGUUGGCGUCCUUAGGGCCUUCAUGAUAUGAGCGUGCGGAGUAACAUCAAGUUCCUAGAGCCCUGGAAUGGGAGACGGCGAGCCGAUGUCAAAAAUAAGUGGCACAGGCUGACGAGAAAUAUACAGAGAAGUGAUUCACUAUUGACUGAAGGUAACCAUCAUUGAAGAGGGCAUUUAUUCUGUCCUUAGGCAUAACGGUGUCCUUACCCUUAUUAACAACAUAAGCUAUUUGAUCUGGGCGGCCACCUCGUCGCUAUUGAGCGACUGGUUAGAUUCCGAGAU